AGCAAGAUGGCGAGCGCGCGGGCGAGGCUGCCGCUGUCCCCAGGCUCCGUCCAGCAGAAGGGCCGGCGUGUGGUUGCGCCCUUCCUGUAGCACACCUUCGAUUGCAUGCGGGCGUCAGUCUGCACCAAGUUGACCUUGCGACUCCUGAUUCAAGUCUUUAAACCGGCUCUUGCAUGGGUGGUAGUCGCUGUGUUCCUGUUCCUCGAACUUCAGACCCUCUUGGGGGGUGUUUGGAACGAAAAUCUGUGCGCCUAGUGACAGGUUUCUCUUCACAUCACUUCAAAUCACUUGCUAAGGAUCAUGGCGGCGGCAGUAAAAUGGGCAAUAGCAAACAGAACUAUCUGGAAGCAUUUACUUCCAAUCCGAAGUGGAGCUUUGUCUAGUGCUUGUCACACAUCUACAUACUCUUCUCUUCCGGAUGACUACAAUUGCAAGGUGGACCUCGCUUUGACAUCCGAUGGCAGGACAAUAGUGUGCUACCACCCUUCCGUGGACAUCCCCUACGAGCACACCAAACCCAUCCCUCAACCAGAUCUUCUGCAUAAUGAGGAAACCCACGAACAGAUCCUGAAAACCAAGUUAGAAGUUAGAAAGCGCAAGCAACUGGAGCAAGGGCCCAUGAUAGAACAACUGAGCAAGGUGUUCUACACCACAAAGCACCGCUGGUACCCACACGGACAGUAUCACAGUCGUCGUAAGAAACUGAAUCCUCCCAAAGACAGAUGACUACUCGGGAUUCUCCGAGCAUCAGGAAAUUUUGCUUGGUGUCUUAUUUGCCAGCUGAGAAAAUGUCCAUGGUAUCAUCAGUAAGGUGGUGUAUAGGAAAACAAUAAAAAUACCCUCUCAUGUA